UGGCCUGCAUCUCCCCUGCUCGCCUCGCCACGGUUUCACGGUCGCACAGCCGCCCCCAAACCACCAGAAUUUCCACCGCAGAUCACUCGCCUGCCCGCUCGCCUCUCCUCUCCUCAUCUCUCCUCCAAACCGUCGCCGUAACAAAUCCCAGUCCGUUCCUUCACACCAGCUAGAAGCUUUGGCAGUUGAGUUAGGCACCACAAUAUAUACUCUGGUGGGAUCAUCUGCUGUGUUUGUUGUUGGCUAGCUAGGGGAAGGUUUGAUGAGGUCCAUGGGCAGCUCGGACUCAUCUUCCGGCUCGGCACCGCCGCGGCAUCAGCCGCCGCCUCCGCAGCAGGGCUCGGCGCCGGAGCUCCCGCCGGGCUUCCGGUUCCACCCCACAGACGAGGAGCUGGUCGUGCACUACCUCAAGAAGAAGGCCGCCAAGGUGCCGCUCCCUGUCACCAUCAUCGCCGAGGUGGAUCUCUACAAGUUCGACCCAUGGGAGCUCCCCGAGAAGGCGACCUUCGGGGAGCAGGAGUGGUACUUCUUCAGCCCGCGCGACCGCAAGUAUCCCAACGGCGCGCGGCCCAACAGGGCGGCCACGUCGGGGUACUGGAAGGCGACCGGCACGGACAAGCCCAUCCUGGCCUCUGGGUGCGGCCGGGAGAAGGUCGGCGUCAAGAAGGCGCUCGUCUUCUACCGCGGGAAGCCGCCCAAGGGCCUCAAAACCAACUGGAUCAUGCACGAGUACCGCCUCACCGACGCGUCUAGCUCCGCCGCCACCAGCCGACCUCCGCCCGUGACCGGAGGGAGCAGGGCUGCCUCUCUCAGGUUGGAUGACUGGGUGCUGUGCCGCAUAUACAAGAAGAUCAACAAGGCCGCCGCCGCGGAUCAGCAGAGGAGCAUGGAGUGCGAGGACUCCGUGGAGGACGCCGUCACCGCAUACCCUCCGUAUGCCACGGCGUGCAUGACCGGUGAAGGGGCGCACGGCAGCAACUACGCUUCACUGCUCCAUCACCAGGACAGCCACGAGGACAACUUCCUGGACGGCCUGCUCACAGCAGAGGACGCCGGACUCUCGGCGGGCGCCACCUCGCUGAGCCACCUAGCCGCGGCGGCGAGGGGGAGCCCGGCUCCGACCAAACAGUUUCUCGCCCCGUCAUCGUCAACCCAAUUCAACUGGCUCGAUGCGUCAACCGUUGGCAUCCUCCCACAUGCAAGGAAUUUUCCUGGGUUUAACAGGAGCAGAAACGUCGGAAAUAUGUCGCUGUCAUCGACGGCCGACAUGGCUGGCGCGGGAACCUGCGCGGUGGACAACGGUGGAGGCAAUGCGAUGAACGUCAUGCCUCCAUUUAUGAAUCAUCUCCCCGUGCAAGAUGGGACCUACCAUCAACAGCAUGUCAUCCUCGGCGCCCCGCUCGCGCCAGAAGCCACCGGAGCCGCCGCCUCUGCCUUCCAGCAUCCCGUUCAAAUAUCCGGCGUGAACUGGAAUCCCUGAACAAAUGAUAUGAACACCACGUAUGCGCAUGCAUAACUUUAACAAGUCGUACAACAUUGCUAGCCAGUAGCUGUUGCAGUUAGUGGUAGUCGCAUUCAGUGAGCACUGAGUAUUAGCAUGCACAUCACCAUUGCAUGGAUAAUAUGGCUGCAUUGCCUCAUGGGCACGUACUUGUGCGAACUUGCUCACCAUAUACCUAGCUAGGAAUAUUUUCCAAGUAAAAAAAAAAAGUCAGAACAUGUAGGAUAUUAGUUUCAUAUGCAUAUAUGUAUCGUACUGUAGCAUAGAGUAAUAUAUAUAUGCAGUUGAUUACAAUCCCCAGUCAGAUAUAAUUUUUGGCCGGGUCUACUCAUCAUAUAAAAGGUUGGCGUGUAAUAGGCUUGUGUGUAAAUAGGGCAUGCAUGGUCAUUGCAUGCACGCGUAUGAUUGAUCUACAUGGGCGUAUAUUGUAUAACCUACUAUUAGACAUAUUUAAUGAUAUUUUCAUAUUUGAAUUGAGAUUUGUAAA